AUGCACACAGAUCGAUAUGGGUCGGCACUGUUUACAGCAGGGACAGGUCGCCGAAUCUCUCCUGUAGGUGGCGAACCGUUAGCAAACUGUAGAAUAACACACACGGAGAAAAUGACGGCAGUGAACACGAACCUUGUAGCCCGGUGGCAUCCACUUGCCCUUGGACACCAGCGACGCGGUCUUCUCGUCGAUCUCGGGCUGAGCGGCGGCAACCUCGUCCUGUACAGAAAGGCUCAUCAGCAUCCGCGUGAAACUGGGAAACCCGCGAUCCCGUCGCGAUGCAAAGCCACAUACCACAGUGAGUUCAUCGAAGGGUCUGGCAGUCUCAAUGUUCUCCAGAGUCUUCUUCAGGUUGGCCAGCUCGGCCUCAACCUUGCCCUUAGUCUCCUCGGCGCUCUUCAGAGCCUGGGCCUCAAAGGCCUCGAUAGCCUUGAGCUGGCGGUUCAAAUCGUAGGUGGCAGGCUUGAAGUUCUUGAAGUGGUUCUCGAUCUCAUCGACGAUCUUCUGGUUUUUCAGGACCUUGCGGUAGUAGUCGAAGUCGACCGUCUGGGGCUGCUCAGACAGCAUCUGGACCUUGCGGCGAGCAUCGUCGUUGCGCUUCUUGAAAGCCUGCAGCGACGCAGCCGUCUGGCCGCGAAGGCCCAACGAGCUGGUCACCUUGGCCCAGUCGAUCUUCAGAGCGGCGCUACGCUGUAG